AUGAAUCUGCCUGGAACAGGACAUGAAAUGGAAGAAAAGGUCACUCCAAUCAAAUCGUCUCGGCCAAAACGACAGUUUUCCUGUUCUGGCACAAUUGAAACAAUCAAUUUGGAUGCGGUUCCCCAGGCUGUUGCUCGUCUGGACAACAGUGCAGCUAAACACAAGUUGUCAGUAAAGCCAAAAAAGCAGCGGAUGUCAAGAAAACACAGGAGAUUAACAAAGGGAUCACAAAGUUUAACGGUAACAGAAUUUGAGCCAGAGGAUCUAGAAACUGAGCUAUAUGCAGAAAGAUACCCAGCUUACAUCACAGCAGACAGGCUCAUCCAGAACAAAGAUGAACAGAGGGAGCUUCAGCUGGCAGAAAAGAAGAGAAUUGAAGAUCACUGGGGGAUCUUUGAGGCCGAAAGGAUAAGGCAGAUUGUAGAAACGGAGGAACAAAGAGAAAUGGAAGAGCAAAGGUGCCAAGAACUUGAGCAGAUGCAGAAAGAGCUGGAGAAAGAGCAGAUGCAGGAAGAGCCUUGCAAAGAGGAGAGCCAGCAGCAGCUCCUGGAAGGAGAGACAUCAUUGCAAACAGAGGAGCAGCCAUGCCAGGAAGAGGAGGGAAGACUGCUGGAGGUGGAAAAGAGGCAAGAGCUGGAGCAGCAAAGGCACAGGGAGCUGGAGGAGCAACAGAGGUGGAAGCUGGAGGAGGAAAAGCGCCAGGAACUGCAGGAGCAACAGAGGCGAGAACUUGAGGAACAGAAGCAGCGGGAACAGGAGCUGCAGAGGUGCAGGGAGCUGGAGGAGCAGCAGAGGCUACAGCUGGAAGAGUUAAGGCAACAUGAGAUUGAGAAACAGUGUCAAGAAGAACAGCAAAAACAUCUGGAGGAACAAAAAGACCUGGAGGAACAGAGCAGGCAAGAAAAACAGAGACAAGAGCUGGAGAAAGAGCUUCAAGAGGCUGAAGUGACAGUGGGGGAUGAGAAAGAACCUGAGACCCUCAAACCACAAAAGAAACUGGGGGACCAAAGGCAGCAUUUUAAGGAGGAGGAAGGAGAAAAGACAGAGGAGGAGCAACCCCAGCAAGUACCGGAGAAGCAACAGAAACGGGAAGAGCAGAGAAAGCACAAACUCACCAAACAAAUGCACAUGGAGAGCGAAGACAGUGUGCAGCAAGACAGACUGGAGAAGCAAGAGGAGCAAAAGGAACAAGAGCGGAGCAAGGUGCAAGAGCAGAAGAUAGACACAGAAGGACAAAGUCUUCAGGAAGAGCAGCAAGAACAGGAGAAAUCCUUUGAAGAGCAACAGGACAAGGAUCUUUUGUCUUCUGGAGGGGCAGAUCAGCACUCAGUAGAGGAGAAGCUCCAAGAAGACUCAAGACCGCAAAACAUCAAACAGCCAGAGAAAGAGAGUAAAACAGCGGAAGAAAUGCUAGCCCAGAAACUGAAGAGAGAAGCUGAGGCUCAGGAGCAGAAGCGACUAGGGGAGGAACUGAGGUGGCAGGAGGUGGAUGAAAGGCAGACUGCAUCCAGACCCUUCACGUUUCAGGUGUCUUCCGGAGAGAAGCAGAUCCUGUUCCAGAAGGUGAAUCUGAGCCCCGUCAUGCCCGUCAAGGGCGCGGGGCCCUCGUCCCCCUCCAGCCGGGAGCGCAGGGCACACACCUCCAGCAAGGGCUCCCCCGCGCUGCCCUCGUCCACGGGCGUCCCCCACACGGCCAUCCUGGUCACGGGCGCGCAGCUCUGCGGCACCGCCGUCAGCGUGAACCAGAUAAAGGACACGGCCUGUAAGUCGCUGCUCGGGUUGGCAGAAGAACGAAAAAAUGUGGAUGUUCCCUCGCCAGAGAAGGCCCCGAAAAGGACGCCGGAUCCCAGAGGGAGCAGUGCCAAGAUGAGGUACGCGCAGGAGGCACUGAACAACCAGGCCAUAUUGGCCGAGUGGGCCUCCAUCCGCUCGCGAAUCCUCAAGAGUGCAGAAAGCAGCAAGUACAGCGAGAAGGACCGAGUCAGUGCGUGCAGGCACAGCGAUGACUGGACCCCCCGGGGCCGAGGUGCUCCCCAUGGUAACCUGAGAAAAACCCUGUCUGCAAAUGCAAAGUUCUCGAUAACACCAGCGUGGCAGAAGUUUUCAGAAUCUUCAAAAACCAAUUUGGAUGCUGAGACUGCAAGUGUGGCAAAAGGCAAAGAGGUGGUGACCGCGGGGAGAAAUACGGGCUCGUCCGCUGCUCCCAGUGGGGAGGGGGCUCCGAAGGACAACCUGGCUGAAAUGGUGAAGGAGAAAUCGGAAGCCCCUAGUGAAGUGACAGACAACACAGAGGGCUGUAAAUUUGCAAAAGAUCUUCCAUCUUUUCUUGUUCCAAGUUUUCCUCAUUCUCCAGGCAAAGAACUGUCCCAGUCAGAAUUGCCAGGUGCUCCAGAAAACCAGCAGAAUAACAACACAAGGAAAGCAGAGAAAUCAGCACCAAAUGGAGAAGAAAACACUUCUCCUUUUGGAAUUAAGUUACGGAGGACAAACUACUCUUUGCGUUUCCAUUAUGAUCAGCAGGUAGAGCAAAGGAAAAAGAAAAGGUACAGCGCCGGGGACAGCUUUGACGGAGUGCCCGACCCGCUCGUUAAUGCGGAAGGUGACAAGGACUCCGCUGUGUUUGCUGCACAGGAGGGCACGUCGCCGGGCGCGGGCAGAGCCAGCGCUCCCGCUGACGGAAAGGACUCGAGAGACUCUCCAGCUCCCGCCAUGGAGAUGGCGCCGCCAGCGGGGCCUCCCCCGGCCCCUGCGGCUCUGCCUGCCCACGAGAAACCCGCGUGCAGGGCGCUGGUCACGCAGAAACCGGCGCUGGCCCCCAAGCCCAGCAGCCAGACGCCGCCGCCGUCCCCUCUCUCUAAACUGAACAGAUCCAACGUGGCCGACGCUCCGGGGCCGAGGUUGGUGAAAGCUGAGUCGGAUGGCGGCUGGAAGAGGGAAGAGAAAGGCAGCACAGUGCCCCCCGCAGCCCCGAGCGACUGCAGGAGCGAAGAGGAAGAGGCCAGAGAAAAGAAAUCCUUUUUCCCAUCUUUAAGUAUCCCGUGGAGAGAAAGAAAUGACAAAAAGCCUGAGCCACUGAAAAAAGAAAAGCCCGUGCUCCAGAGCAGACACUCUUUAGAUGGCUCUAAGCUGAUGGAAAAAGUGGAAACUUCACAGCCGCUUUGGAUUACUUUAGCACUUCAGAAACAGAAGGGGUUUCGUGAGCAGCAAGCUACGAGGGAAGAGAGGAGGCAGGCCAGGGAGGCCAAGCAGGCAGAGAAGCUGGCCAAGGAGCACGCUGCUCAGAGUAGUCAGUCGGACGCUAAAAGCAGCAGCAGCAGCAAAGUGACCACCAUGCAGAAACCUGCCCCUCAAGAAGGGGAGAAGAAACUGGAGACGGCCGUGUCGAGGCUCGAGAGGAGGGAGCAGCUCAAGAAGUCCAACACUCUUCCGACUUCGGUGACAGUGGAGAUUUCAGAUUCUGUUCCCUCGACCCCGCUGGCAAAGGAGGUGGCCAAGAGAUUCUCGACGCCCGAAGCCAACCCGGUGUCAACGGAGCCAGCCUGGCUGGCGCUGGCCAAGAGGAAAGCGAAAGCCUGGAGUGACUGUCCGCAGAUCAUCAAGUAA